UACCAACAAUUGAAGCUUGCCCAUCCCUGGCAUUAGAAUGAAUCGGAUUCACUCCGAUCGACGAGCAUCCUUUCAAGCAUCCGACCAUCGCACGUGACAAAUAGACUUAACGUUUCGUGCGCACAUUUUGCAGCCUCACAAACGGUGCUGCUUACGAAGAACUACAACCCAUUCCACGAACCAUUCCACGGUGUUAUGAAAUGGUGAUGAACCAUAAAUUACUAAUCGACCACAAACCAUUGACGACGACGCACGGUACUACGGGUUGGCUCAUAACUCUGCAAAGCUUAUUGCUUGCUGCACGGCUUGCCAACUUGCUGCAUGAGUGAUGAAGCGAAUACGGUGAAUAGAUAGGAUAAGCGGGGGGUUGGGAAAACCUUCGGUUGACAUCUUGCCGAUGAUAUCAUUCCGCCCCGUAGAUGGUGAAAUAUUCUGGAUAACGGAUUCCUCGUAAGCGCGUAUUCUCCAUUCCAAGGAUCAUUCGUCAUAAACCACUGGAACAAUCACUCUCACCAUUCAGCAGUGCCCGGUACCCGGUGUAUGAAAUUAAUUAUUUAAAUUUAUUUUACACAACAUACCCACCGUUGCGCACUAUAUACAGUCUGCUGAUCCAUGCCGCGUCCAUGGUCCGGUUUUCGCACACAACCAACGUUUAUGGACCAUGUUAGAUGAUUCUUAGCUGUCCCUCGAAAUCGAAUUGCUUUCGUAUAAACCCGACAAUCUUCAUCAUCGAAAUGGUGUUUUCGAGAUUAGAUUAGAUUUAUUCCACCGCCGAUGGUGUAAGCCCCAGCAUCGGAACCAUCAAACAUGCACAGCAUCGGUUCGAAUUCAAUCUCAAUCUCGUGCAUUUUUUAAAUGGGUAUACAUUUUAAAUUUUCCCAACUUACGCUCAAACCGGUCGAAGCAAACGCUGCUGAAUGAUGAUUAUUUCUUCCCGACCUGCUCACUGCUGUGGAGAUGUGCUCGGAGUAGAGUGAAUAGUUUCCGCCCGUUCAACAACAUCACAGCAGGCAGUGCAUGUCUUAGGAGCACAGUACAUGUCUUGCAUUCUUCCUUGUUGCGUCAGCGUGCUGAAAGAUUUGGUUUACCUUACGAAACGUAUUCGAAAUUUUGCAAACAGUGUUGUACACGCUGCACCAAUGACAUCACCUAAAAACAACCGGAAAACGAGGCUGGAAAUGGCAAAACCAUCCAGCGAAACAUCAACGCCAGGUGCCGGUGCAAUGGUUUGCAAACCGGGCAAGAAAACGCGCAAUCCGUACUUAAAUUUUUUGCGCGAUUUUCGCAUUAAAAAUUGUCACCUUUCGGUCGUGGAAAUUGUACGCCAGGGUGCGGAACAGUGGCGUCGGAUGACUGAUGAACAGAAGCUACCGUACGUGAGGGUGGCGUUCUACACACCGCUGAAACGGCGCCGUUGUCCCUCUUGCAGGGCAAGACUCGGUCUGAUGAAAACGCAGCGUCGCGCCAUUGUGCGCCGGAAGCAGAAACAGAAACACUUGAGAGGUCAUGCAGGCCAUCUCUGGCUCGCUUGACUUAUUUUCACCACCUAGCCGGAUAGUCAGUCCUUGCUACGAGUCACCUACGCCACCGGGCCCGCCCCUUUUCAUUUGGAUAUUGAAACCAAGGAUAAAAAUAUAAAAACUUCAAUAUUUAUAUAUUGAUAAAUAAAAUAUUUCAUGUAAAUAAGAUUGUGUCCGGAAUAAAUUCUUUACAUUCAUCAUAAUCCGUUUGAUUAUUAA